CAAGAAACCAAAAAAAAAAAAAAAAAAAAAUCUCAUCUUUCUCAGAUUUCCAAAUUGACCCGUCGGUGAUCCUUCAUCUCUCUUUCUUCUCCGAUCUAACCCAUGGAUCUCCAACCAGAAGAGCUCCAAUUCUUGACGAUUCCUCAACUACUUCAAGAAUCAAUCUCAAUCAAGAAACGAUCUCCAAGAACCUUCUACCUCAUUACCUUAUCUUUAAUCUUCCCUCUCUCCUUCGCCAUCCUCGCUCACUCGCUCUUCACUCAGCCAAUCCUCGCCAAACUCGACAAAACCGACCCACCAAACUCAGAUCGUUCCCGACACGACUGGACUGUUCUGUUGAUCUUCCAGUUCAGCUACUUGAUCUUCCUCUUCGCCUUCUCUCUUCUCUCCACCGCUGCUGUUGUCUUCACCGUCGCUUCUCUCUACACAGGAAAGCCUGUUUCUUUCUCUUCAACUCUCUCAGCGAUUCCCAAAGUCUUUAAACGACUCUUCAUCACUUUCCUUUGGGUUGCUCUGUUGAUGUUUGCUUACAACGCAGUCUUCUUUGUCUUCCUUGUGAUUCUCCUCGUUGCUCUUGAUUUGAACAGUGUUGGCUUAGCUGUUGUUGCUGGAAUCAUAAUCUCUGUUCUGUAUUUUGGUGUCCAUGUGUAUUUCACUGCUCUGUGGCAUUUAGGUAGUGUGAUCUCUGUUCUUGAACCGGUUUAUGGGAUUGCAGCUAUGAGGAAAGCUUAUGAGUUGCUUAAAGGGAAGGUUAAGAUGGCUAUGGGGUUAGUCUUUGUUUACCUUUUCCUCUGUGGGUUGAUUGGGAUUAGUUUUGGAGCUGUUGUGGUUCAUGGUGGAGGCAAGUAUGGAACUUUUACUAGGACUUUUGUUGGUGGUUUGCUAGUUGGUGUUCUUGUCAUGGUCAAUCUUGUGGGUUUGUUGGUUCAGAGUGUGUUUUACUAUGUUUGCAAGAGUUAUCAUCAUCAGACGAUUGAUAAGACCGCUUUGUAUGAUCAUCUUGGUGGGUAUCUUGGAGAUUAUGUGCCUCUUAAGAGCAACAUUCAAUUGGAGAACUUAGACAUUUGAAGGCAAGGUGAUUCUCUGGUACUGUUUUCUCUUCUCUUAUUAUCAUUCUCUCUCUCUGUUAGUAUGUAAACAUUUGAGAAGAAGAAGAAGAAAUGUGGAAUUUGGAAUAUUAGUUCUAAAUGUCAUGUGUAUGUAUUAGACUCAAGACUCUUUUGUUGUUGGCUUUGGUUUUGAUUAUUGAUCCAUGAUUUGAAGGAUUUUGAGUUUAUUGAUUCGAAGAUGUGUUUUGAU